AUGGGGUUUUGCGUCCCUAUUAAAGAUUCUAUAAAAAAUCCAAUAAUAUUGCCCAAAAAUCACAAAAUUACACAACUGCUUAUCAACUGGUAUCAUCGCAAGUACAAACACGUCAAUCACGAUACUGUUGUUAAUGAGAUAUAUCAAAAGUUUCACAUACCAAGCUUACGUCGUGCCCUGCGAACAGUUCGCUAUGACUGCCAGCACUGCAAGUUGCGUAAGGCCAAGCCGCUGCCACCGAAGAUGGGUCCACUUCCUGAAGCACGCCUGGCACCCUACACAAGACCGUUUUCGUACGUGGGAAUUGACUUUUUUGGGCCAUUCCUUGUUACAAUCGGACGGCGUGCUGAAAAACGAUACGGUGUUUUAUUCACCUGCAUGACAUUUCGAGCCAUUCACGUUGAAAUAGCACAUUCGCUAUCCAUGAAUUCCUGUGUAAUGGUUGUUAGGAAUUUCAUAAGCCGGAGAGGAACGCCGGUGCAUAUGUUCAGCGACAAUGGAACAAAUUUUGUUGCUACAGAGAAAGAGUUACGAGAGGCUUUUCGCCAGCUUGAUAUUGGCGCUCUUCAAAUGCAAUUCACGUGUGUUGAAACUAAGUGGACGUUUAUUCCUCCUGCUAGUCCACACAUGGGAGGAGCGUGGGAGCGAAUGAUUCGCACAUUUAAAGAUGUCCUAUAUCAAGUACUGACCCCAGAAACUAAACUUAGUGACGAGAAAUUGUACAACCUAUUCGUAGAGGUUGAGAGCAUUAUGAACAGUAGACCACUCACGUACCUAUCAUUGGAGACCGCAGAACAGGAAGCGUUGACUCCGAACCACUUCCUGUUGGGAAGUUCGUCGGGACUUAAGCCGCCAGGUCUGUUUUCCUCCUCAGACCAGUACGUGAGACGGUCUUGGCGCCAUUCACAGUACCUAGCCGAUAGAUUUUGGAAAAGGUGGGUAACAGAGGUGCUACCAACGUUAACUAGAAGAGCAAAGUGGUAUGACGAAGUUAAGCCAAUUAGAAAAGGUGACGUUGUGAUCAUAGUGGAUCCCAACCUACCCCGUUACACGUGGCCGAAAGGCAGGGUCGUGGACACAUUCACAGGGAAAGAUGGCCAAGUAAGAAGCGCUUUAGUACGUACCGCAACCGGCGAGUAUCACCGGCCUGCUGCAAAACUAGCAGUAUUGGAUGUAAUCGGGGAGAGAAGCGGCGAUGAUGCACCUGUUAAGGUAUUAACUCAUCCAUAUCGUUAUACCGGGAGGGAGAAUGUUGCAACACCGCCCGGUAACACACCACAACUGACGUAA